UAUUAUUCAAAUAAUAUUCCUACAAAAUGGAUAUUUAGACUGAGAAUCUUCAGAGAGAUUUACAAUCACCUUAUUUCAAACAAGCAAUUUAAGAGCAUGAAAUUGAGAAAUGGGAUGAUUGUAAUUGUUAAAUCUCUAAAAAAACAGUUCAAAUUACUUUUACUUAAAAUCAAUAAAUUUUAUAUUUAUAAGAUGGAGCUAUUCUUAGAAAGUAUAAUUGACAUAUAACCAAAAAAGAGAAUAAAUACAUGAUACCAAUAAUUUAGAACUAUUUAGUAAUAUAGAUCAAAUCGAAAAUGUUUUUUGGAAAGGUUAGAAUGGAUUAAACAAAGACAAAAUUGGUAAAUGGAUCGUUUCUUGGUAUGGAGAGGUUUUAGUGUCAGUUGGUGGAUACUAUGAGGUUGGGUAAAAACAUGGAUUGUGGAAAGAAAUGAUUCAAAAAUUUUAGAUGUAAUUAAAAGAAUUUUAUUAUAAUAAAAAUAUAGUUAUGCUCAAGUUUUUUAAGUUGGAGAAUAUUAACAUGAUUUGAGAAGAGGCUAAUGGAAUAUUAUUUACCAUAAUAAAAAAAUGUAAUUUAUAAAAAUUAUUUAGUGGUAAUGGAAGAUAUAAUGAGAUAGGCUAAAAAAUUGGUAAAUGGAUAGAGUUAUCAGAUUCUUUUUUUGAUUAUUCUUAAGUCACAUAUAAUGGAGAAUACAAUAUUAAGGGUAGGAAGAUAGGAAAAUGGGAUACUAUGUAUUGCCGAAAUUUUGAGAAAUAUUAUAAAUAAAUGUAAAUGUAAAAGCAUUUUUAUUUUAGUGGUGGUGGUAUAUAUAUACAAAAAUAAGAUGGUAAUUCUGGGAAGUAUAAGAUGUGGAUAGAAUUAUGGGAAGGCUUCAAUGAUCAUGCCUAAGUCAUUUAUAUAGGAGAAUAUAAUAUAAAAUCUAUGAAGGUAGGUUAAUGGGAUAUUAAGUAUUACCAGAAAUAUGAUAAUUAAUAUAGAAAAAUGUAAAUAUUUUUAGAAUUUCAAACUUAGUGGGGGAGGAAUAUAUAUGGAAUACUAAGAUAAUUCUUCUGGGAAGAUUGGCAAUUGGUUAGAUUUAUGGGAGGGCUUCAAAAGCACUGCUUAAAUUAUUUAUAAUGGGGAUUAUAACUAAUAGGGUAAGAAAAUAGGAAGAUGGAAUAUUUUGCUUUUGGAUAAAUUUGAUUACAAUAGCAAUACAUAAAUGUAAAUAAUAAUAAUAGAUAUAUUAGUGGUGGUGGAUAUUAUGAGGAGUAAUAAAAUGGUACUUCUGUGAAAAUGGGCAUAUGGAUAGAAUUAUGGGAAGGAUUCAAAGAUAAUGCCUAAGUCACUUAUGUCGGAGAAUAUAAUGUUAAAGGUGUGAAAAUGGGAAGAUGGAAUAUUUGGCAUUAGGAAAAGUAUGGAGAUGAUAAAAAUAAUUAAAUGUAAAUAAUAUAAAAGAUAUAGCAAGUGGUGGUGGAUAAUAUGAAGAGCAAUAAGAUGGUAUUUGUGUAAAGGUUGGGAUGUGGGUAGAGGUAUGGGAGGGCUUCAACGAUAAUGCCUAAGUCACUUAUAGUGGUCAAUAUAAUUUAAAUGGUGUGAAGAUAGGUUAAUGGGAAAUUAUGUAUAGAAAGAAUGAAGACGAACCAUUUAAAAAAAUGUAAAUAUUAUAAAUAUAUCAUAGUGGAGGUGGAUAAUAUUAUUAGUAACGAAAAGAUUUUUCAAUUAAAACUGGAAGAUGGAUUGAGAUGGGAGAUUAUUGGUGGCAAACUUAUAAUGGUAAUUAUAACGAAUAGGGAAUUAAAAUAGGGAUUUGGAAAGCAAUGGAUAUAAGUGAGAAUAAGAAAUUUGAUGAAAUCAUAUACAAUGAUUGA